UGGAGCCGGGAGCCGUCGGCUGGCGGAGGAGCGUCUCGCGCCUGCCCCUCUCGGAGCGCCGGCCAAGGUUGCGCGUCUUAAAGGGAGCCCCGCGCGCGCAGCUGCCUCUUCACAUCGAUUCCCCCGGCAAGAAGGGGAGCACAGCGCCCGCCCCGCCUCGUCUCUCCCCUGAGCGGACUGUACAAUCCUCGGCAGUGUCCUGAGACUGUAUGGUCAGCUCAGGGGCGGCUCGGCCCCGGGAUCGCAGCCUCGAAAGCAGCGCCGCCGCCGCCACCGGACCCGCUCGCCACGAGGAGCGCGCGCCCAGCCUUUCGCCGCCGCCACCACCAGGGAACCUGCGCGGCCGAAAGAGGGAGCCCAGCACGCCCCUUGCACCUCUCCAAAGGCCUCCGGGGACCUGCCCACCCACCCAAGCCAGGCCCCCUGCCCGCCUGCCUGGGUCGGGCGCGCCCACGAGGGAGCCCGUGUAGCCAGACGCCGCGCAGAACAGCGGAGGCGCCGCUUCCACGAUGACAGCGGAGAAGGAGAAGAAGAGGGAGCAGAACAGGUUCCUGGAAUCGAGCCCAGGGGAGUUUGGGAAGUGCAGCGACAGGAGCAGUUCUGAAAGGAGGAAGGAGAAGUCGAGGGAUGCUGCAAGGUGCAGGAGGAGCAAGGAGACAGAGGUCUUCUAUGAGCUGGCCCAUGAACUCCCUUUGCCUCACAACAUCAGCUCACACCUGGACAAAGCAUCGAUAAUGCGCCUCGCAAUCAGUUUCUUGCGGACACACAAACUAUUGUCUUCAGUCUGUGGUGACAAUGAGAGUAAAAUAGAGCCUGACCAGCAGAUGGACAACUUGUACCUGAAAGCUUUGGAGGGAUUUAUCACUGUCAUCACACAGGAUGGAGACAUGAUCUUUUUGUCGGAGAACAUCAGCAAGUAUAUGGGCUUGACACAGGUGGAGCUGACCGGACACAGCAUUUUUGACUUCACUCACCCAUGUGAUCAUGAGGAAAUUCGAGAAAACCUGAGUUUGAAAAAUGGUCCAGGCUUUGGGAAAAAGAAUAAAGAGGUGACCAUGGAGCGGGACUUCUUCAUGAGAAUGAAAUGCACUGUUACCAACAGAGGCAGAACUGUGAAUCUAAAAUCGGCCACAUGGAAGGUUUUGCACUGCACUGGACAACUGAAGGUCUAUAAUACAUGCCCUCCUCAUGCUCUCUGUGGCUACAAAGAGCCUCUCUUGUCUUGCCUGAUAUUAAUGUGUGAACCCAUUCAACACCCUUCCAAUACUGACAUCCCCCUGGACAGCAAGACGUUCUUAAGCCGUCACAGCAUGGACAUGAAAUUCACCUACUGUGAUGACAGGAUCACUGAAUUAGUUGGAUACCAUCCUGAGGAGCUUCUGGGCCGGUCUGCCUAUGAAUUCUACCAUGCACUGGACUCUGAGAAUAUGACCAAAAGUCAUCAGAACUUGUGUGCAAAAGGUCAAGUGGUCACUGGGCAGUACCGCAUGCUUGCCAAGCAUGGUGGGUACGUGUGGCUAGAGACCCAAGGAACAGUCAUCUACAAUACACGUAACCUGCAACCUCAGUGCAUCAUCUGUGUCAACUACGUUCUCAGUGAAAUAGAGAACAAUGAUAUCGUGUUCUCCAUGGAUCAGACAGAAUCGCUCUUUAAGCCGCACAUGAUGGCAAUGAAUCCUAUGUUUGAUAACGGAGUCCCCGUGGCAGAAAAGAGUGGUUUCUUGUUCACCAAGCUGAAAGAAGAACCUGAAGAACUUGCACAGCUGGCUCCAACACCUGGCGAUGCUAUUAUUUCUCUUGACUUUGGGACGCAAAAGUUUGAGGAAAUCUCUUCCUACAACAAAGCUGUGAUGACCCCAAACAAGCAGUGGCCUCCGGAAGCGAAGGCUCCAGCUCCACAGGCUGAGAAGCUGAGUGUGCCGUCCUUUACACUGCCCCAGGUUGCACCUGGCAGCAGCACUCCCAGCGCCAGCAGCAACAGCAGCUGUUCCACUCCAAGCAGCCCCGGAGACUAUUACACUUCCUUAGACGAAGACCUGAAGAUCGAGAUGAUUGAGAAACUUUUUGCCUUGGACACGGAUGCCAAGAAUCAGUGCAACUCACAGACUGAUUUCAACGAACUGGACCUUGAAACUUUGGCUCCUUACAUUCCGAUGGACGGAGAAGAUUUCCAACUCAGCCCGAUCUGUCAAGAGGAGCGACCCCUCUCGGAAAGCGCCCAGCUCACUCAGCAGAGCUUGAGCAACAUGAGCAACCUCUUCCAGCCCCUUGUUCCUCCCUCGCAGGACCAGUUCUUCCCGGAGAAAUACUGCCAGCCGAUGUCUAACAAAAACGUCAACACGGGCCAGGGGACUCUGCCACCACCACCCUUCUUGAACGGCGGGAGCCAGCCAUCCUCUUUGCUGCCCUACUAUGCCCAAGCCAGCACUCCUCUGUCUUCAAUGGGUGGGAGACCCAACACACAGUGGCCCCCUGACCCACCCUUACAAUACGCCCCUACGAAACAGAGAGCGGCGGUCAAUAAGUGUUCGGGAUCCAUAGCUAGCUCUCCAUCGGGGCCACCGCUGCACCUGCCUGAUAUGAACUUAUAUAAGAAAAGGUCGCUGGAGUGCCUUGGGCAGCGGGGCAUGGAUAUAAACCCUGCGCGGAUUGCUCUUGCCAACAGUUUGAAGCUGAAGAGGCAGCUGGACUAUGAAGAGCAAGCCUUUCAACACCUGAGUGGGAUACAAGGAGAAACAUCUGGCAUUAACCCAACACACUUAAUGUGGAAAAGGAUGAAAAUCCUCAGAGGUGAAAAUUGUGCAUUACUUACAGAGAAGAAGUCGCUGAGCACAAGUGUCCUUAAUGAUGAGUUCCUUUGCAACCCGCAAAGAGGGCCAGGCCAAACCCCUAUGAAUAUGGGGCAGCAGCAACUGCAGCCACGGCAUCCACCGGCCUCUUUGAGAAACUCUGCCAACAUCCCCAAAGCUGCCUUCUCCCCACACUUUUACUGCCCCCCUUAUCAGGACUUCAGUGUGCCACAAGGUCAUAGGAUGUCAGGAGUGACAAGUCGCCUGCUCGGCUCAUCCUUGGAACCCUAUUUGUUGCCGGAACUGACCCGAUAUGACUGUGAGGUUAACGUCCCAGUUCUCGGGAGUUCGACGCUCCUGCAAGGCAGCGAUUUGCUCCGAGCUCUCGACCAGGCGACCUGAAGCAGCCUUGCAGCAUUCCCUGGCCCAUACCGUCCAAAAAAAACACAAAAACAAACCAGCUGCAGUUUUUAAAUCUAUUUUUGCAAGUAGACAAUUUCUAAUACUGAUUACACUUUUACAAGAUUUUACUUAACUAUUGAACUUGUCCACGUCACCAAAUAGUGGCCUUUCUGUGAAGUUACUCACUUUCCUUAUUUGCAUUAAAAAAAAAAAGUAUGCAUCUACUGUAUUUCCAACCCCCUUCUAUUCCGAUAAGACGUUCCUUAGAAAAUUUAUAUUAUAUGAUUCCCCACCGCUGUGUAAUUUAUGUGUUCUGAAACUUCCUCAUUAUUCAUGCUAAUAAAAGAAAAAGAAGCUGCGGUGUGUUCGCUCGCGCCUCUAUGUAAUACUUUGGCUCCGUUUAUUGCAAAGGUUUAUUUUAUUUUAUUGCCAAAGAUAAGUGAAAUAAACAAAUCUGAUGAAAUGCACUUGUUGCCCUACCCCUAGUUUUUCCUCUGUAUUUUCUAACAUGGGGGGAAAAACAAUAAUCACAGAUUAUGACCUUUUAACAAUUAAAAAAAAAGCUAGCGAUGAAACGUCCAUAAUUCUAACACACCCAACGGCAGCUUUCGUGUUGGUUAGUCCUUGCCAAGUUGCAAAUUACAGCCUUUCCCCUUAAGUUUAGGUCACAUAUCUAAAACUUGGAGCUGUGUUUUUGUCCGAGGCGGGACUAACCUAGCCAUACAGGGCUAAUCCAAGGCAGGGCUAAUCCAAGUAGUAGACUGGAUAAUGAAACUAGAGAGAAAUCUGAGCCUUGUGGCUGAGCGCCCUUCUGUGGCAUUGCAAAGUGAUCUUAGUGUGCAUCUCUCAGAUCAUGCAAUGUAGCCGCCUGUCUUGUGUUGGCCUUGGAUUUGAGGAUUGGUGGGGUUUUUCUUUUUCUUUUUUUGCAUAUGGAAGAGCCAAAGCUAUCAGGCAAAUAACUGCCAAUGGGUUUUGUUUUGUUUUUAGCAACAUCGAGGUGCCUUUCCUACCAGACCUUACCCCAUUCCCAGGAUAAACUCAACGUUUCCUUAAUUAAACAAGCGGGGUGGCGUGGCUGCUGUCUUAGAUUCAGAGCACGGUGCUGCGAAAGAAUCCCAAAACAGCCAAUUGCCAUCGCAUUUAGAUCAGUGUCUCCCUCCUCAGGAACCAGCCUGGCAAAAUGAGGAAUUUGGGAGCGGAUGGCAGUUGGGGACAACUGAGAGAAGGCAGAGAGGGUGUCGCUGCACAAUUUGAAAUACGUGGGGCGGGGAAGGAAUUCAACCCAUCUUGUGUGUAUUAAUUCUCCAUAUAUAUAUUUUUUACACAAAGUGUAACUGACUGAUCUUUUUCUCUGGGUUAAAUGUUUAUCAUAUAUUGGUACUUUGUUAUACCUGUUUAGACAUUGAUGCAGAGCCAUGAGUUUUCUUCUUGGGAACCGUUUUACUUAGAUCUGGUAGAGUUUUCUUACGCUGUUGCUGAUGUUGCAGGAUUUGUCCAAAGGCUGUUACUAAAACUGCUAAUUCCCAGCUAAGUUGGGGGUGGGCGUUCAUCCACGCCACCUCCAGCUAGUUAGCCACAUUCUUUCUCUGCACUACUGAAUUUUUGCUGAAAAAAGUAAACUAAAUAUAUAUUUGCUUGCCUACUUGUUACACUGGGGGAAAUCAAUGUUUUUAGGCUCUGGAGUGGCUGAGUGGGAAGGUGUUUGUUGUCUUUUUAGUUUACUUUUUAAUUGUUGAUAGCCUUUCAAGUGCAAAUGAUUUUUCUGUAGGUCAUUGAAAUGGCAAUCUGAACUUUUCAGAAAUGCUAUUAAACAAAAACAAACCAAUGUUGGUGCUCAGGAAUUUAUUUAAAAUGGAAGGAGUCUCUGCAAGACCCGUUGCCUUUGCUGGGCAAACAGGCACACUUCAUAUAUUCAAUCCAGCAAUAACAGAAGCUCAAGGAAUUGUGGGGUGCAGAUUUUAAAAAUAUUUAUUAAAGCCUUCGAGCUUCGGUGAGAAAGGCCAGGUUGGAAGGGCUAAGGGGCAAAUUCAGGGCGACAGAAAAUAAUGGUGAUAUUAGGCGUUAUGCUUUAUUUACCCAGAUAAAUGUACCUGGGGCAAAUCAGCAUAGAUUUAGAAGAGCCUGUGGAUUCCCUUACAAAGAAGAACCAUUUAUGCCUCCUCCUGAACAUAGUUCCAGUUCAGAGAAAGUUACUUAUAAUUAAGGCCCGCUGAAAUCAAUAGGACUCAAAAUGCAUCUAAACCAUCCCACAAGUGCCAUUAAUUUCCACAGAACUUGAGCACAACUAAUAUUCUUAGGGUGGGCUUCAUAAGCACAUGUGUUCGGCUGUGUGCCCCACUGUACAUUUAAAGUACAUGGAUCCCCCGCAAAGAAUCCCGGGAACCACCAUUUACCCCUCACAAAGCUACCAUUCCCAGAACCCUUAAACCACAGUUCAUGUGAAUCUUUGGCGGAAGCCAUGAGCUUUAAAUGUAUGGCGAAUACACGGCCUAAAUCAUUAAAGGCGCUCUUCAGAGUCUUAGUCCAUUGCAAGCAUAACAGCUCCCGCUCUGGAUUGCAAACCUUGACUUCUACAGAGCUGUGUCGAAGUGCCAUAUGUUCUGCAAUGCUGCCCUUCCCCAUUAUUUUUGCUGAAGAGGAAGGUCUGAACAUAUAUCCCUUGGGGAUAUCUCCAUAGCACUGAAGUGGACAUGGAGGUCCCUGGAGGUGCACAGAACCCAUAAGGAAUUGUAAAGUUUUGGCACUGGCUUUGUCCAUCCAAGCCCAAUAAUUAUAGCUCGCUCCUUUGGAGAUGCCGUACCCCACUGAAAGCCCAGUUUUGACGUAAUGUUCACGAUCCAGUCAAAAUGAAGCACUUCACAUUCAAAGUGAUUUCACUAAGAGGGUGUUAGACUUUCUCGUUGAAAAUAAAUGGAGGGGAAAGUGCUUGACUCUUAAAUUAAUUGUGCCUGAUUUGUUGAAGAUCCUCCAAGGCAGGCAUCCCCAACCUGUGGCCCUCCAGAUGUUUUGGCCUACAACUCCCAUCAUCCCUAGCUAACAGGAUCAGUGGUCAGGGAUGAUGGGAAUUGUAGUCCAAAACAUCUGGAGGGCUGAAGGUUGGGGGUGCCUGCUCCAAGGGAAAGUAGCUGUGAAAGCCAUUAUUUAGGGAAAGAUUUGUGAGCAAAUGUGCUCAGGAAUCUGGACUGCUCAGGGAUCCAUCCUGCAAAACCUACAUAUAUAUAUUUCUCGCUUUCACUUACAUGAUGGAGGGGGAAAGGAAAAUCCAAACUUCUUUAAAGAUUGCAUUUGGGAUUCCCUUCCGGCCUGAUCCUCUCUGCUGGGUUACAGAACAGCUUUCAGGGAAUGAUCGUGGUUAGUGCCCUUGGAGCUUUUGUAGUCUUCAGUGGCUACAACCCCCCCCCUAAAAAAAAGGGGAUCUGGUGGAACAGCUCCUCCUAUGAAACUCUCCUUGCAUUCUUCCUCUUUGCUCUGUCCCACUGCCACCUGGGAGAGUGGCAUCAGUGAGAGAAAUCCCACUGAUACAGAGGGAAAGCCUUGCCAAAAAGCCCUACUUACCAUGCAAUUUAGCGGUGGAUGAAUCAGCCAGGCCUUGUGCCGACUUAAUAUUCCACCUGUGCUACAUUGCACAAAGCUCGGGAGCAGUUUUCUAUCUGAAGUACAUUUUUUAAAGCAAAAUAGUACGGCCUACGGUAUUUAAAGGACUUCAGGUUUUUGGUUUUGGUUUUCAAAAGGACAUGAUUCAGCCAGUAUUAAGCACCUGUGAAUAUAGCUGACACAUUUAUCAUCAAAUCGCACUCAUUGGCUGCAUCUUCCAGUUGAGUGUAAUACAGUCAGUAGCAAAUCGGAGUUUGCUUCUGGGAGAUGUGUGAAUUGGCUCUUUGCUGUGUUUAACUGGCUGGAUGGUGGCCUGAACUGUCAUAAGGGGGAGAAAAAUGGUAGCUAAGCCCUAGGAAGAAGCAUAAAUUAAGAGCGUCACCACCAAGCUGCCAACCUUGAGCAGUUUGCUUUAAAGUAAUCCCAUUCACAUUCAGUAGCAGUUCUGGAGUAAGUGGUCUGAAGCCUGUGGCUGCAGCAAAGCAGUUCUUUAAAGUGGUCAUGAUUCGUGUGCUUGAAGGGUUAAUCACGCUUAAAUAUUGCUAUUAUAUUUUUAAUCUCUGUAGUUUCAGCAUUAAGAUGUUGCACCCUAACCAUUUACUAAAAACACACUGUGCGGGUGGGGAGGGAGGGAGGGAGGGGAAGGGGGUGAAAGAAAAUCUGUGCUUAAAAUAUUAACCGUAACUAUUGUCGUAAUUAUUUCAUGCUCUCUCUAUUGUUGAAUUUCUUAUUUAUAAUCUUGUAACUGUAUGGGAACUUUUAACUUGAUAAGGAAAUGUAUUUUGACACUGAUACCAUAUUAAAGUAUACUGAUCCUGAAA